GGCAGUAUCCUUGCAGUUCCAAACCCAGCAAGAUGCAGAAAUUGGACACGCUCGCAGCACUGACUCAAUUGUAUACAAUUUGGAAGAUCUUAGGCGUAAUGCCGUGGUGCAAUUACGAAAAGUGCUCGAAAAUCUGGAUAGGUCUAAUCUUUUUCUUCAAUAUAACCUAUGUAUUCGGUUUGGUAAUGGAUAUGAUAUUCUGCGAAAAUUUGGAACAAUGGCUGCAUAGCAGCCCAUUCUACUUUGGAAGUCCAGUGAACGCUGCUAAAUAUUUUAUUAUUUUUUUCAUGCGUGGUGAAUUGUGGAAGCUGAAAGAUUUGUUUUGUUUGUUAGAUGAAAACGUUACUUCAGAGGAGGAUAAACGUGUUAUGAUAAAUGGAAUAAAGAAGGUGCAGCGGAUAUUCACGGCUUAUCAUAUUCUCAUAUGGAUUGUUGUAUACAGCAGAAUAUUAGCUUUUAUUCAAAGUCGUGGGGAAGUUUUUAUAUUACCAAUGUGGUUUCCAUUUGGAGGAGUUGUAGUCCUAUCGGUCUAUGAAUCAAUUUUCACACAUUUCUUGGGUUUUCAGGAUGUCUCUAGCGACAUGUAUGCACCGUGUUUUUUUAUUUUAUUGAAUGUGCAUAUGAAAAUAUUGACCCGGCGUUUGUCUAGAAUUACGGGGAACGGAUGGAGUCGUCAAUACAAUUUAGAUCUUGAAGCUUGCAUUGAAAAUCAUCUUGUAAUAUUAAGAAUCUAUAGUAUUCUUAAGGCAGUUAUAUCAAAAACUUUCUUCAUCCAGAUUGUGAUAAGCAGCAUUUCAAUAUGUGUUGAUAUUCUGUCGAUAGCAACUUUGAGCUUAUCGAGUGGAGAGAAAAUGUUUCUGAUCACAUAUUCAUGCAUGCUUAUUAUUGAGAUACUCCCAAUAUGUUACUAUGGAGAUCAGUUUUUAAACUUGAGUCAAACAUUUGCGGACACGGCCUAUGCAACUGGUUGGGUUGAUCAAGAUCGAAAUUUUCGCAUUGCUAUCCUUUUCAUGAUACAAAAAUCACAAGACCCAGAGUUCAUGCUAGCUGGAGGCUUAAUUCAAAUAUGUCUACCAACAUUCUUAUUUGUUGUACGGCUUGCUUACUCCUUCUCAACACUACUUUUUAAUGUAUUAUACCAUGAUAUGUAGGGAGUUGAUUAUUUAAUUAAAGUUGUACAUAGAAUGGAAGUUCCUUCCGUCUACACCUCCUGGCUACUAAAAAUAACACCAACGCAAUUAAAUUUAGUAGUCACUUUAGUAUUGUUGAACCUGACGUCAGCAAUAUUAUGGAACUCCUUUUUUACGGUUUCAAUUAAUGUUUUAUUAGUAGUGUUGGUAGCCAAAGGAACAUGAAUAAAGUUCAAUAAGACAUGUUAUUCUACUUUUGCAAAAUAUAAAGUCCCUUUUAUAGUAGAAGCUCUAUGUCGAAAACGCCAGUUGUCAAUUUUAUUGCGGUACUAAUUAAACGUUCAUUGAGUAAUUGAAUGAAUAAAUAAUUCUGGAUUGGUAAG